CCCCCCCCCCCAUCCCGGGACUUUUGCCCGAAUCCCUCGCUUUUGGCCUCAGCUGCGACGGGAACGGGACGGGAACGGGAACGGGAACGGGACAGGGACAGUCCCGGUGCCCCGGCGAUGCCGUUCGGGGCGGUGCUGGCGCAGGUCGGGGGCCUGGGCCGGUUCCAGGUGCUGCAGACGACGCUGUUGGUGGUGCCCAUCCUGCUCAUGGCCAGCCACAACCUCCUGCAGAACUUCACCGCCGCCGUCCCCCCCCACCGCUGCCGCCUCGCCACCCCCUUCAACACCACCCCAUGGGCGCCGGGUGCCACCUGGGACCUGCCCAAUGGCACCCGAUGGGGGGGGAACGGCACCUUCGAGGCCACCCUUGGCUCCUGCCUGCGCUACGUGGCCUCGAGCUCCGGUAACGGCAGCGCCGGGCCCCGGCGCACCGAGCCCUGCGGCGAUGGGUGGGAGUACGACCGCAGCACCUACGUGGCCACCAUCGUCACCGAGUGGGACCUGGUCUGCAGCUACCGGCAGCUCCGGCAGAUGGCCCAAUCCAUCUACAUGGCCGGGGUCCUGGUGGGUGCCCUCGUCCUGGGGGGCCUCUCGGACAGGUUCGGGCGCAAGGCCAUGCUGAUGUGGUCCUACCUGCAGCUGGGGGUGAUGGGGACCUGCACUGCCUUUGCCCCCAACUACGCGACCUACUGCGUCCUGCGCUUCGCUGGUGGCAUGGCCCUGUCCGGCUUCGGGCUCAGCAUCGCCUGCCUGGUGGUGGAGUGGAUCCCCACGUCCCACCGCGCCAUCACCGUGGCCAUCACCGGCUUUGCCUACACCCUGGGGCAGAUCCUGCUGGCAGGGGUGGCCUUUGCCGUGCCCCACUGGCGCAGCCUCCAGCUCACCGUGUCCCUGCCCUUCUUCGGCUUCCUCCUCUACUCCUGGUGGCUGGCGGAGUCCGCGCGCUGGUUGGUGCUCUCGGGCAAGGCCGAGGUGGCCGUGAAGGUCCUGCAGCGCGUGGCCGGGAUCAACGGGAGGAAGGAGGAAGGGGAGAAGAUCACGGUGGAGAUCCUGAGGUCCCACAUGAAGGAGGAGCUGGCUGGGCUCAAGGCCUCCUACACCAUCUCUGACCUGGUCCGGACGCCCGUCAUCCGCCGCAUCUUCUUCUGCCUCUCCAUCGUGUGGUUCUCCAUCAGUUUCUCCUAUUAUGGGCUGGCCAUGGACCUGCAGAACUUCGGGGUCAGCAUUUACCUCAUCCAGGUGAUCUUCGGCGCCGUGGACUUCCCAGCCAAGGUGGUGGUGACCAUCUCACUGAGCUACGUGGGCCGGCGCCUGUCCCUUGCCGUAGCGCUCUUCCUGGCAGGCUUGGCCAUCAUCGCCAACAUCUUCGUGCCCACAGAGCUGCAGACGCUGCGCACGGCGCUGGCGGUGCUGGGCAAGGGCUGCCUCUCAGCCUCCUUCAACUGCGUGUUCCUCUACACCACCGAGCUCUACCCCACCCCUAUCAGGCAGACGGGGCUGGGCUUUGGCAGCACCAUGGCGCGGGUCGGUGGCAUCGUGGCGCCGCUGGUGAAGAUGCUGGAUGAGUCCUACCCCCUCCUGCCCCCUGCUGUCUAUGGGGUGUUCCCAGUGGUGGCAGCCGCGGUGGCCGCGUUCCUUCCGGAGACACUCAACAUGCCCCUUCCAGACACCAUCCAGGAGGUGGAGAGCAGGGCCAAGCGGAAGCCCAAGGAAGACCCCAAGGAAAAGAUCCCCCUGGAGCCACAGGAGAAGACACCGCAGAAGGAGCCCUGAGGGCCCAUGGUGGGUGGUGGGACACAGCGCCCUGCACCCCCCAAUGGGCCCCCCCAUCCUCACCUGGGGACGGGGACGGAGGAGUCCUGGGAGCAAUAAAGCGGCUCUGGUGGGGACAA